AUGGGCCAGCAAGGCAAUCUGGACGAUAUUCACCGAAGUGAACACGCAAUCAAUAUCUUUCCCCCUCAGGCGGGACUCCCAUGGGCAACUGGAAUCCUCUCAUGUCGCCAAAACAAGUAUUGGCAACUGACUCUUGAUACAACGAGGGUAUUCCUUGCGCAUUUCGCUGCCGAUGAGGCAACUCCGCAGAUCUCCAAAUCUGGGAAAUCAAUUUCUCAAAUCUCACGUGAGGAAUUGGGCCCCAGAAUGGAAGAGGGAUGGGCCAAAUUUCCCUGUUAUAUGUUUUCGGAGGGGGAUAGACAACGUACAAGGCUUCUUGCAGCGGUAAAUGUGUUCAUCUUCGUUUUUGACGACUUUUGGGAGAUGAACUCUAUCGACUCAUUCGCAGGCGUAAAUGAUGACUUUAUCGCUCGCAUGGAAUCAGGAUUCUCACAUACGAAUGAGCCUAGAUCCUUUCUCAAGUUGUUGAUUGACCAAGUAAUUUUGGAUAUCAGAGAGCUCGAUUCCAUCUCCGGAAACAACGCCGGUCAAGAGAUGAUUGAUCUCAUGAUACGUUUCUUUAAGAGGCCACCCCCACCAGAGCAAUACAAGAACCUGGAGGAGUUCUUGACAUACCGACACGAGGAUGCUGCGAUCCCACAUGUAUUGGGCUGUACCAAGUUUGGUCUUAACUCCUCCGUAGACCUCAACAGUCCACGUCUAGCGAGAUAUAUUCGCCUGAUGAAAGACCACAUUUCUAUCGCGAAUGAUCUGGGGUCGUGGGAAAAGGAGAAAAAGGCUUUUGAAUCGAAGAAAGUUAUGUAUAUGAUCAACGUGGUGAGCGUCAUUAAAGACCUGCUAAGAUUGCGAACUGAUCACGCAGCUGUGGCCAUGACGCAGUCUCUUCAGUUCCAAAUUGAGACAGAAAUAGACGUUGAGAUUGAGCGACUGAUAACUGAGGAUGCUCUAACAGGCGAGGAAUGGCGCUUCGUUGAUGCUACCUUGCAUGUCAUGAGUGGGAAUGUUUUUGUUUCGACAGUCAUGUCGCGAUAUGGGGGCGAGGAGUUCAGACUCAAAUAG